AUGAAACCUGCGGAGGAGGAGCUGGGAAAGUGCGGCGGCGACGAAGACGAUCGACCUUGCCCGCGCCGCCCUGGAGAUGAUUCAUCUGUUGGCCGGGUGAAAACCGAGGGGAAGGGAGCCAGCUGGGCAAAGAAGGCUGCACAAGGCACUGCGCAGAUCGACGUGGCGAAGGCGAGUCUAGCCGAGAGGAAGCCUAGAGAAGCCGCGAGGGUAGCCAAGGCGAAGGCCGAAGAGGAUGCCAAGGUAGCGGAGGCGAGGCGGCUCGAGGACAAGGAGACGGAAUGGGCGCAGUGCGAGGAGGAGUCGUUCGCCUCUAGGUUCCGCCCGUUCUGGAACCGAUAUUUCGCCAGAAUCCACGGCGCCAACUUCCAUGAAACUACAUCUAUCCCGGCCAUGCGUUACACUUACCCUACUCCGGAGGAUGAGUACGAUACCAGGACCAUGGAAACUAUGCAGAUCGUUUCGGUCAAGGUCGCCUCGAUCAAGGAGCCUUUGAGCUGGCCACUGCAAGUGUUUGGUAUCGUUGCUGUGCGCGAUGUCUUGGAUCACAAGCGCAAUAUAGUAUUCCAGCGUCCGAGGAAUGGCUGCCAAAACAUCACCGAGGAAGAUCCGUACCUUGCAUUGACUGGUCCUAGUCGUGCUGUUGCGGUGUCGAUGAAACCUACAUUUAUCGAGGUUUCACUGAAAGUGAAGGGCGCAACUAAAUCCGAUGACAAAGAUCUAAGCGAGCUAGUUGUGAACUUUAGAUCUGGAUGCUGGCUCGUAGAUGUUUACCCUAGCAGGCUUAGCACACUGGAAUUUAAAUACGAUAUCGUUAUGCACUCUGUGGAGGCCACGAUCUGCAUAAAAGUCACUGGUGGGUCGUGGCCAGGUGGUUUCCGAGGCGUAUUCUGCGCGUUCACCACUAGUGCUGCUGACCUGAAAGUCAAGUUACUUGAUUUUGGAGACGAUGGUGGAAUGCCUGUCGAUGCUGGUGGCAUGGUCAAGCUCUCGCGCAGCGUGGUUUCUGUUGGACUCGAGGAGAUGCUGAAAGUGUCUGCGGUGGCAUGUCCUAUGAACGAGGAACAAGUUUGUGAGAGCAGCGAGGCGUCUUUUAAACCUGCAAAGGCCGGUAUAAGCCCCUCUGGUGUUGAGCUGAAGGUUGGCUCUUGUAGUAUGGAAGUCAGUGUUGCCUGGUCACUUUUCUGUUGCUGAUUGGUACCUCGGAUGGUUGAUGCUAACAAGAGAUCUGAACUCGUCUGAUCCGAUGUGCUUAUGUGAUGAUGCAGUGAUAGCUGUUGCUUAUGUGGUGUGUGUUCAGCAGUAUUUAUACGAGCUAAUGAUGUAGUGAUUAAUGUGGUCUGAU